AUGGCACAGCGCUAUUUCGACGUCAACAUGAGAUUCGAUAUCCAACCUCCAUUGCGAACCUCUCCGGGUCAACGCAUGAGCUGGCCCAUUGUGGCUACAUUUGAUGUUGUUUCUCACUUGCAUCCAGAGGUCGUAAGACAACACAUCAGAGCCAGUCAAGCAAAAUUGAAUAUUUGGAAGGGAAUCGACCCUGGGCCUGAAGAAUAUAAUGUGGAAUUAUCUGCCGCUCUCGUGCCUGUAGAUGAUGGCCAAAACUUUCAGCUGCGGGCAGUAUUUCCGGAUGUCCACAUCGAUUCUACGGGAGACUUCUUCUUAUCUGUACAUGGGGUGUUUAGCAUGCUUGGCGAUCCAAAUGUCAAGGAUAUAAUGGUCCAUCUUGAUGUUAGAGUUGACGUGGAGGAAGGCUCUCCAGAUAUCCAUAAAUAUUCACCCGCUGAGAUCGGAUUCCUUCGGGACAAUUAUCAGUCCCUUAAUAUGACGGCGGGUGAAAUGGAGGAAGCUAUCAAGAGAAGGAAGGCUAAGGAGAAGGGACUUGUGGAAGGAAAGGACGGCGAGAGUACGGCUCGAUGGGACCAGGACCAGAUCACUGAGAUGAUGUACUCGAACCAUCUUCACUCUGGAAGGAAAGAGCCGCAGUGGGAAAUUUUGGGAACUGUUGGGAACUUUUAG